CAAUUAGUUGAGGGAAGUAAAUGAAAUGUCAAUUGAGUAAAAUCAAGCGCAGGCCGUCACCAUCACAUCUGAUUGUCAAAUGUUGGGCUGCUCCAAAUUUUCACGUGAUCAAUUCUAGUUGUCCUCUUUUCACCGUAAUUACAAGAAAUUUUCCAAAAAUGAGUGCGAGUAAAAGUGGAUUGUUCUUUCUAGCAACGUUUUUUCUAUUUAGUUUAGUCCAGUCUACAGAAUUUGUCCCAUGUUUCAUUUGGUCAAAUAAAAGAACCAACGAGCAUAUUCCUGCAUUAAAUAAAGUUAGUCAAGACAUUUUUAAAGAAAAUAUAGAGCAGUACUUGAAAGAUGAUCCAUUGAUAGUCUUAUUUGCUGAACAAACUUUAAGUCCAGAAGAUUUUGCUCAAAAGGAUGAGAGAGGUUUGACAUACUCUAAUUUAGCAAAACUUACAAAAUCAUUUAAAGUUUCUUAUUUACCAUAUGUACAAAACCCCAUCAAGGCUUUAAAACAUCUGGAUGUUACAGUUACUGAAGUUCCUCUAGACAAGUUUGGUAAAAACUUCGAAAUUCCAGAGACUGAUAUACUUAUUGUUAACCUUAACGAUGCUAAGGAUUCUGAAAGCCGAACAGAUAUGUUGAAAAGGCAUGAUGCUGCUAUAUCUAAAAUUUACGAAGAUCUUGCAAACACUAACGACAAUGUAUUGGGAAUGUACACUGCUCACCACACAUCGUGGGUUGUAUCUGAAGAAGUUAUUAAAUCUAGACAAGCAAGAUCAUUAAUGGUGGCAGAAAAUGCUGAAGCUGCUAAAGCCGGAGAGACAGCUGAAGAAGUAUCAGACAAAUUCAGGAAUGAUACAAAUGCAUAUCUAUAUAUCUCAAAUUCAGCAUACACAAUGGGUGAUGUACAAAACAAAGAAGUUAAUCUAAAUUUAACAGUUACGAACGAUACAGGAAUACUUGUCCUUAACCUAGGAUGCCCUGAUUUUAAUCUCGAGAUGAAAUUCGCAAAUAACGUUAGUUUUGGAUACUGGGAGCAAUAUGAGAAUAUUACAGCAUUCCUCUCUAAUGAUACUCAGAAAAAGAAUCCAUUGGUUCUCAAAUCAACUGCCAGCAUCUAUGCUCCUGUCAGUGGAUUUUCCUACCACUGUGGUGACCAGUACUUCUCCACUGAUGGAUUCAGCAUAAAAUUACAAGAUUUUCAAAUUCAACUUUUCUUUGAUGGACCUGCCAGUGGUAAAUUCGGUGACGCCUAUGACUGUGUUGGCUUCACGACUGUCCCAAUUUGGUCCGGUUUAUUCGUCACAACAAUCUUGUUGAUCAUUAUGUCCAUUGGCAUCACAAUGAUGAUGGACAUUAGAACGAUGGAUAGAUUUGAUGAUGCUAAGGGCAAAACUAUUACUAUAAAUGCGGAAUAAUUGUAAUCGCUGAUUAUAAAGCUAUUUUGCUAAGCCUGAAUCGUUUACUAGUAAUGUCACAGUUUACUUUAAACACAUUUGUAUUAAAGUUACCACAAUGAACACUGUAUACUAAAAAUGGCUCUAAUAAUGUGUAUAUGUAUACAAUGUAUUCCAUUUAGUUUAAUAAUUGUACCCGUGGUUCAUGUAUAAAGUUGAUUUAACAAUAAAUGAAUUGUCAUACA